CAUAUUAUUUUCAUUAUAAAACAGAGAAAAUUAAAACUCGUGCUGUACUUAGAGCGAAAUAAUGAUAAAUAAACACUAAGUUCUCUUCGUUAAGAGGCAAAAAACGGUUUCACUUUUCUUCUUAGACAAAGGCAGCGUCCGCAAAAACUCUUUCGCUGUAUACAGAACUAAAACUGCUGUAGGUACCUGAAAGAUAAACUCUAGCAAACUUUGUUAAGUUUGUGUAUUGUAAAGCAUUAACAUAAAUGUCACGAUCGUGACAAUAGCGCAUAGAAUUCAGUGUGCUUAGUGCGAGUUCGUUCACGAUAGCGUAAAAGUUAACUCGUUCUCGAUAGCGUAAAAGUUAACUAGUUUGAGAUGUUCCCACUAACUUAUUUCUACCAUCGCACCACCCGCCACCGGAGUAGAGCUCACCCAUACUACCUGGACCCACUGCGUUCGUCCAGUUUGUUUCCAGAGAUCUUUUUUGUCACGUACCAUGCGGUUUUGCAAUGAACUCCCCUCUACAGUGUUUCCCGAGCGUUAUGAAAUAUUUUUCUUCAAACAAGGCUUGUGGAGAGUAGGUACUCAAUGGUAGGCAGCGGCUUGGCUCUGCCCCUGGCAUUGCUGAAGUUCAUGAAUAACAGUAGCCACUCACCAACAGAUGGGCCGUACGAUCGUCCUGCCAACGUGCCUGCAAGGGCAAUAAAAAAAAUUUGUAUAGAGUUGGUACUUUUGUAACUAGGGGCGCUGUUCCAACUGCAUAUAGAUUUGAGUUAACUUUUGCGCUAUCGAGAACGUUAAAAAUCUCGCAUUAAGCACCCAGUUCAAGCAUCGCGUUCUCACGUGCAAUCGCGUGUUAUAUUUUGAUAGUGAUAUUGAUUGCUGUCGUUUUCAGCCGCUACCUCAUUAAAGCAGCCGAAAAAGGUGUCUUAAGCUUCGCAAGAUACAGCAGGCUCUUCUACUUUUUUUAACUGACCAUAAAUAUAAACUACUGCAGAGAGACGGAGAGUCGAGGUUUUUUAAUAAAUUUCCAUUUCAUUUUAUUUUACGAUUCCAAGUAAACAACAGCAAAUGAAGUUUAGGUUCAAAUUAUUAGAAUCCAGUUCGUUAAUAAAUAAGAAGCACGAUGUCUUUCAUAUGGAUGUGUUUUAUUGUUAUGUUGAGAUGUUCCGAAUGUCAAAUGAACUUUUAAGUUUGGGCUAAGUUUCUUUUGCCUGUUAAAUGAAGGAUUAUAAAAAAACAAUGCAGAACGUCAUCUCCAGUGCCAAGUACUUUUGACAGCAAAUUUGUAGCAAAUGUUGAAUUUUGUUUUUGCUCUACAUUUAUUGUAUUUAACUCUAAAUUUUUAAACAUCGAACUUUAUUUAUAACAAUAAACACAAGUUUACACCUAUACCGCUAUAUGAAGUUUCGUGAAAAUGUCAAAAGUGUCUAAAAGAAAGCAUGUUAUGAAUGAAGCUCUUUGGGACGAUUACGAAUUGCCAAAAGACAAUCAGAACAUCGUUAAAGUUGUUAAAAGUAAAGGAAAUAAUUUACACGAGAUUACUACACCAAUAGGCGAAGAAUAUCUAGUUUCAAUGCCAACUAAAUUCCGUAAAAACAUAUGGGUUAAACGCGGAGAUUACAUAUUAGUUGAACCAAUCCCUGAAGGAGACAAAGUUAAGGCUGAAAUUGUUAAAAUAAUGAAUAAAGACUCAAUAAAAUUCUAUAAAGAAAACAAUGUAUGGCCUAAACAGUUUGAGGACAAUAAAUCUGAAAAUAAACCAAACGAAGACUUAUUUGAAAAUACAAAUAGGAAAAACAUUAUAACAUAUGUGAGUGAUAGUGACUCUACUAGCAGUGAUCAACGUGACAGUGAACAAGAAAAUUAAAAUAAUACAUAGAAUAUAAUUUAAUAUGUAAAUAGAAUAAUUAAUUUCAUUAUCAAAUAAAAAAAGAUUUCCUAUAAUGUUGUUUUUGCUGAAACAUAGACAAAUCAUAGUAAUCUUUAUAUUCUUAACACUAUUUUAACAGCUACCAGAUAUCAAAAAAGUUCCUUUAGCUUGUGCAAAAAUAUGAUUAAUUACAUGUCUGUGCAGAUAUAAAAGUCCUAAAAAUAAUUGUUGCAGAGCUAAAGGUUUACAAGCUUCUCUGUGAUUCAGAUCGUAACAUCCUAUUAGAUACCUUACUAGUUCAAACAUUGCACAAUAAAUUCAUACAAAAGAAAUAACAUCUAAUAAUACAUUUUACAUAUUUUAACUCACACUUAAUAUCUGAUAUUACAGCAGGAACUAAAUAGGAGCUGGUACAGGACCCAAAUUGCUAAGAGUGAUUAAAGAGGGUUUACAACAACUUCAAUAUAAAAAAUCCAUUAAAACUAUUGUUAAAGUUAACUAUCAUAUUUAUUAAGUUAAUUUAAUUAAUCUCUAAAAUAAUAACAAGUUUGAACCUCACGAGUAGUCUUAAUUAUUUGUAUGAAUUUGUAAAAGAGAAAAAUUAAUUUAAACAAUCAAAAUUAAGU